AUGUCUAGUUAUUUCUCCAACUUCAGCUUAGAUAAGAUAGCAUCUACAAUAAAUACGGCAGCUCAUAAGACGCAACAGAAACUUAAUGAGACACAAGAACAAUUGACUCAUGCAAUUCAUAGUAUUAAUCUUGAUGACCCCCAAACGAUGCUCUCCUUGAGGACACGAAAACACCAACUACAAGAAACUUUGGGUACUAUAAAGGACAUAUCGAAACUUCCACCACGGUACCAGUUUCUAGAAAGGAAAUGCGAUGCUUUUGAGAAAGUUUGCAGUAGGAUUUUAGUGGUUUCAAAGACCUUUGAAGUUGAUGGCUAUGACUACCCUCCUAAUUUGGCAGAGAGUAUAUCUGAUUGGUGGGGAUCUUCAUCGAAAAAGGAUGGAGUGUUUUGGGGAUUUGGUAAGAAAUCUAAAAAUGAUAAGAAUAAGGCUGAACAGAAAAGCAGUGCUGAGAAGAAAUCUAAUGAAGGUUACAUACCCCCUUCGUUUGCUCAAGCGAUUUCAAAAGCUGCUGAUGAUUCGAUUACAAUUCUUAAAGAAUUAAACGAAGAACAGCUUGUGAAUCCUAGCAAUGGGGCGGAAACAGAGGACGAAGAUGUAGAUUCUUUAAUGCCGAUCCUAGAGGCUUGGGCUGAAGCACAAUCUAAUAUCGAUGAAGCAAAGCAACAGAUGGAUCAAUUCAUGAUUAACGAAUUCAAUAAAAAGCUAGAUAGCCUAGUUAACAAUGACUUUUUGAAAGUUCGUGCUUUGCGCAAGAAAGUGGAGGAAUCGAGAUUGAAGUUUGACACAUUGAGGUACGAACUGGAGAUGAGAAAGUCUGGCGCGUCGCAGACCAAGGAAACUUUUACUACCAUCGAGUCACAACAGGUGAAUGAUAAGGAUAAAGAGAACGAGGAUAACUUAAAGCCUACUAUUCACAAUAAUACCGGCAUUGGGAGCUCUUCAGAUGAAGAGGACCAGAAAUUCCGACUGUUACUCGAAAAAGCAGAGGAUGAGUUUGUAUCCAAUACCACUGACGCGGUGGCAUACAUGACACAAAUUACUGAUUCUGUCAACCUAUCCACCCUGGUUAAACUAUUCCACAACUUUCAAUUGAUUUACCAUAAAAAGUGUGUCCAAGAACUACAAGCCAGCUUGAAUGUAAUAAACACACUGACAGUAGAAGAAGAUGGAGAAGAAUGA